AUGGAUAUCGAGGUCGCGGUCAAGAAGCCUAAAGAUGUGCACAAGCCUCUAAUGAAGAAAGAAUUCCAAGAUGAACUUCUAACUGUGAUGCAAACAAACCACAAAAAUAUGGUGAAGCUCUAUGGCAUAUGUUUGGAGACUAGAAUACAUUUGCUAGUUUAUGAAUACAUUUUGAAUGAUACCCACCUCAAUUCCCUCUUCAAACACAUCCAUCCGGAAGAGUCAACCUUCUUGAGAUCGUGGAAAAACUGGCUCAAAAUAGCCACUGAAGCUACACUUGCACUCAAGGAAAUGCAUUCUAGUGAAAUCAUUCAUGGCAACAUCAAGUCAAUGAAUAUACUUAUUGAUCAAAAUUACUCAGUGAAAAUAUCUGAUUUUGGAACUUCAGUACUUAAAUCACUGCAGCAUAGUCACAUCGUAGCCACUGAAAUAGAAGGCACAUUGGACUACAUUGAUCCAGAAUAUUUAACCACUGGAUUGGAUUAA